GCAAAGAGAGAGUGGCGGGGCCGCCAGUGAUGUGAAUAGUAAACCCCCUGUCUCCUCCGCCCGGGCCACCACCUCAAUUACUCCCCUAUUUUCCUUGUUUCUUCUUCUAUUUCUCUCUCUCUUUCUCUCAACUUAAGAAACAGUCUCAUCACUUCAAAUUCUCACACAUUCACUUAUAUUUCUUCUUCUCCGAUCCUUUACGUCCCAUCAUCUCAGCAAUAUUCUUACUUUGAAACCCCUCAACUUGUUCUACUCUUGGAAAACCCAAAAAACUGGUCCAAAAUAAUUCUACAGUAUCGUUUUCUUAGAACAAUAUAUCUCCCUUACCUUUCCCAGAUAGCUAGCGUUAGUCAAGAUCAAAGCUAGCUUGAUUUGAUGACAAUUGCAAUUGAGUGAGACCACUUUUUGUCUUGCUGCUCUUGUUUCUCUCGAGUUAAGCCUUUCCUUUCCGCUUUGACUUGUCUUCCUUAUCUUAUUUAGCAUAUGAUUAUUUGGAGUGAUUACUGCAAUUAUUUGGCUUGAGUUAGACAAGCAGAGAAGGAUCUUAUGUUAUUGGUCACCGCCUAUACUAGAACUAGUACAAGCACUUAAUUUAUUAUUGUGCUGGGAUUUUUCAAUCAUGACUUUUCGCUUAGCUAACUGUCAAACAAGGAUGUAGAGCUUCCCUCUAUUACAAUGGAUUCUCGCGAUUAAGGAUUGGAUGCAAAUCAACUCUUACUAACGUAAUAUAUUGAUUGUAUUUUAUGGAUUCAACAUCCAGGGUUGGAGCAUCCAACCCGAACAAUAAUGGUGGUGGUGGAGGUGGAGGAGGAGAGGGUCCAUCAUCAGCAACUGCAAGUGGUCGGAUCACUGAGAGUGAAGGAGGAUCUGCGGCUCCUGCAGCACCACCGAGCCGCUACGAGUCACAAAAGCGUCGAGACUGGAACACUUUCUUACAGUACCUAAGGAACCACAAGCCACCAUUAACCCUAGCCCGCUGCAGUGGAGCUCACGUGAUCGAGUUCCUAAAAUACCUCGAUCAGUUCGGGAAGACGAAGGUGCACGUGACCGGGUGCCCUUAUUUCGGGCACCCGAAUCCACCAGCACCAUGUGCGUGUCCGUUGAAACAGGCUUGGGGUAGCCUUGAUGCCCUAAUUGGAAGGCUAAGAGCUGCUUAUGAAGAAAAUGGAGGAAAGCCUGAAUCAAACCCUUUUGGUGCUAAAGCUGUUAGAAUAUAUUUAAGGGAAGUUAGAGAAAGUCAAGCUAAAGCUAGAGGAAUACCUUAUGAAAAGAAGAAACGCAAACGGCCAAGUUCAAGUACGGUCACAGCUGGCAGCAGCGCUAGCAGCGGCGGUGUUAUUGCAGUAGAAGGCGGUGGUAGUGGUGGAGGAGAUGGUGGAGGUAAUGCUGGUGAUGGCAGUGGCGGCGGCGCUGCUAUUGGUCCGCCACCUACUGCUACUAAUCCAACAGAAUAGUACAGAUUAUUUUCCAGGAUUCCUUUUCAUUAAUUUUAAUUUUACCUACUAUAGUAACUUAUUUUUCUUUUCUGGUUCAGUAUAGUACGUAAUUGUGAAUUAUGACAGUUGAGUUGCAUCUAUCAACGGUAAGAAUUUCUCUAUGCAAAUUUCCUUAGGGAUCAUAUGUAGAAACCAAAAAGGAGAGCAACAUUCUUCCUUUCUAUGUAAAUGCUGUUGAGGGCACUAAUGAUGUUCCUUUCCUGGGAUUUUAGUUAAUCUUGCAUUAGACAACA